UGAUACCCGCGAAACGGGAAAAUCACGAUUUGGGCCAACAAACACAACAGAAACCCAACGGUGACUCCGCCGAAGCUAAACACUCUGUGAUGGCGGCGUCACGAAUCAUAGCCCAUCUUCCACCGCAUCCCCACCGUGCCGUCCCCCACUCUCCGCCGCUCGAGCACUCACCACCGUCACUCAACUUCAAACCCCACCCAAAUCGACACCGUAACAUCGCCAUUCGCGCUUCCCUUCGUGGCCACAAGGAGAACGAUCUCAAUCUGCGAACCACCCCCGAUGAUGUACCUGGCGACGCCGUUUCCAAAGAUCCCCUCGUUCUUCCGCGGCCUUUGUCGUCAAACCAGUUCUCUGCUUCAGUUUCCGAUAGUUCCAGCCUCCGUGUUGCAUAUCAGGGGGUUCGUGGCGCUUACAGUGAGUCGGCGGCCCAGAAAGCUUACCCGAAUUGUGAAGCUGUGCCUUGUGAACAGUUUGAUACUGCAUUUGAGGCUGUUGAAAGGUGGCUUGUGGACAGAGCAGUUUUGCCAAUUGAGAAUUCUUUAGGAGGGAGCAUCCACAGAAAUUAUGACCUUUUACUACGACACAGAUUACAUAUAGUAGGAGAAGUAAAAUAUGCAGUCCAUCAUUGCUUGAUGGCCAACCAUGGUGUUAAACUUGAGGACUUGAAUCGAGUUCUAAGUCAUCAACAGGCUCUUGCACAAUGUGAGAACACACUGACAAAGUUGGGCUUGGUAAGAGAAGCGGUUGACGACACAGCUGGUGCUGCAAAGCAUAUUGCCUUCCACAAAAUACAAGAUGCAGGAGCAGUUGCUAGCUCUGCUGCUGCAGAGAUCUAUGGCUUGAAUAUACUUGCUCAAGACAUUCAGGAUGAUAGCGAUAACGUCACCCGAUUUUUAAUGUUAGCCCGGGAACCUAUAAUUCCAGGAACAGAUAGGCCAUUUAAGACAAGCAUAGUUUUUUCUUUAGAAGAGGGUCCUGGGAUGCUUUUCAAGGCCCUUGCCGUUUUUGCUUUGCGUCAAAUUAAUCUUACAAAGAUUGAAAGUCGUCCUUUGCGGAAGCAGCCUCUGCGAGCAUCUGAUGAUAACGGCAAUGGAUCCAAGUACUUUGAUUAUCUUUUUUAUGUUGAUUUUGAUGCGUCAAUGGCUGAUCAGAGUGCACAAAAUGCCCUAAGGCAUCUCAAGGAAUUUGCCACAUUCUUGCGAGUGCUAGGAAGUUAUCCUUUGGACACGAGCAUGGCGUAAAUAAUCUCCAUGGAGGACUCAGCAGAUAUAAUGUGCGUUUGGAAGUCCCGUUAAAUUUUCAUGUUAGGGGUAGAAGUGAUCGUGAAAGAAGUUACUACUAGUGCUUUUGUGAGGAAAGAAGUGAUGAUGAAAAGUUUGAACGUAAAACCAAUUAUGUAUGUUGUGUGCAGCAUAAUUCUUCUAGUUUUCAAAUUAUGUUAAUGGAUAUAUAGAGUUUACAUUGAUUUAAUAUAGAGAAAGUAUCGGAUGUACAAGAUCCUUGAAAUUUUUGUUCCACCCUACCUUAAUAUUUGUUCUUACAGCUAGUGUUCUACACAAUGAAUCCACAUGUUGGUAAAAUAUUUCUUCUCCUGUUUGUCCUCUA